UUCCCUUCUAUAUUCUUUCUAUGUAGUGACACAAGUAAGAGCAGGACUAUGACCCAAGUAACCGAAACGGUGAUAACCCUUGAAGAAGACAUUGCUGACCUAGAAUACAGGAAAGUAAUGGCAACCAAGCUCAAGCCUAAAUAAAUUUGAUAAUGAAGGUGAUAAUAAGCUUCGUGAAAACCUAAUAUGAAAAAUAAAGAAAGCGUGCGAUCAUUUUAAACUGUCUGAUGAUACUUUCUUCAGGGCUGUCUUUAUUUAUGAUUACCAAGAAAGGGUCAUAUUCGACCCCAAGAUGGAAAGACAUGAGACUAUGAAGGUGUGCCUUGAUGAAAUCUUCACCUUUGGAGAAUCAUCUGAUAACGAUGAUAGGCAGAAACAGUACAUGAAGUUCUUCGAAAUCAUUACUAGCCUUAUGGUAGCAAUGAAAUAUUAUGACUUUGAACUUGAGACUCCAACUCUCAGGGAGAUAUUGAAGUAUUUCAAGAUAGGCAAAAUGAAUUUUUCCAGCAAGGACGACUCACUGGACAGUAAAAAGAUUAAAGAAAUUCAAGAAAUUGUAUUCGAAACUGUCUAUGAGUACAUUUGUGAGAGACAAAUGGACUUGUUAUUCAGGAUCGAUUGGCAUUUGCCUAUGAUAAAUAUCAAGCAUUUCAGUGAUCACUUCAAGAGAAUUAUGAGUAAAAUUCCAAAGAAAAAUGGGGCUAAUGAUGAACAGGAAACGUUUAAAAGGUAUGAAGUCUCCAGCUGAGAUAUCAGCACAAAUAGCCAGUUCACCAGUCCAGGAAUUCAUAAUAUUUACGAAAAUUUACAGGAAGAAAUCACUGCUCUCCAGGAGGAAGUGAGUCAAUCAAUAGAUGCCAUCUCAAAAUUGGCUCCUCUAAUGCCAGAUUAUAUUAAUUACACAACAAAAGAUAUUGCGACAGCAGCUAUGGUGGUCACUGUUAAGCAUAGCAUCCGGUGAUUGCCUGAUAAAUAUCAGCAAAACAAUGGAAGGAUUGAGAAAUUGCGAAUGUUAUAUUCACGAUGGAUCCAAACCCUGUUCAGUCAGUAUACCAUCUCCAAAGACCUUGCAAAAUCGUUGAUCAAAAAGAUAAAAGUCUUUCUUGAUCGAGUUUGCGAAUAACUUUAAUCCUAACCUUAACAAUUUCAAGUUAAA